GGCACAGAGUUUUAGGCAGGAGAGGUAAGAUAGUUAAUGCGAUCGUGAACCUUCAUCGACUGAGAUGGCUGGGACGUGUGUUGCGCAUGCCUAAUCACCGUCUGCCUCAUUGCGCAAUGUUGACCGAAGUAGUUUCAGGCUGGAAAAAGACCCGAGGCGGCCAGACUAGAACAUGGCAUCAAUGUAUGAAGUCUUUGACUGUUGGUUUGAACCAUGUAGGGUGAUGCAAACUAACGGGUUGGGGUUGAAAACUCUAGAUGACAGGGCUGAGAACCGAUAUCAGUGGUGCGGAUGCAUACGCACAUUAUCCUUAUCUUAACCGCUGUACUUAAUCUCAUCAUGUUAUUCUUCUUUCUCUUUUACUACUUUGUACUUCUACUUCCUUUGACUGACUUUUCUUUCUAUCUUCAUCUUCCAUUUUAUUGACUUGUUACUUUGUGUGCUAUAUGAGGUGUGACAACUUGGACCAUUACGCAGUAACGUCUGGUCCUAUGUUGAUCUUGAUGAUUAUGAUUGGUCUUGAAGGUUUGAUAGAGCUUACCUUACAUUCCUAUUGUGAAUUAACUCCAUAUAAUUCAGUAACUAUUUGAGAAUUCGUACUAAACUCAUCUGCUCUCUGAAAGAAAGUAAUACUAGCUGUUUGUUGAGACUGAAGUGAGUGGGAUACUUACCCUUUAAUCAACCAUGCAUAUACCCUUUCUUUCAUUAAAUAAUCUAGCGGAAAAUAACUAUCAACAUCAUAAACCCGUUAUCUGACAAGAUUCAUUUAAAACCGAAGGAUAACGUUCACCUUUUAGGAAGCAAUAUAGUCAUACUUGGUGGAUGAAUGAAAUCGAAAGAAUUUUUAGAUAGUUAACCACUUUGAAACCAACAACAGGUGGAUUACCUAUCCGAUACUUGUCAUUUCUCUACUACUAAUAAGGCAAGGGGGGGGGAAAUUCCGUUUUAAUUAGCUUUUCAUUUGAAUAUAGAGUUUGUCUAACAAAGAUAUUCUAGACAAUUUAUUUUAUAGUCACUCAAAUACUCCAGGCGAAUAAGUUUACAAAAACAAUUAUCAAGUUUUCAUAAAUCACAUCUUCACAACGAGGUAAACUCAAAAGGGAAGUAGCAAAACAAAGACAAUAGUAAUCAUAGAAAAAGUAAAGAGAGAGACGAAGAAAAGAGAGACUAAAAAGCAUCAAACGAAGUACAUUGAAAGGAAAUAAGUUGCAGUGGCGUCUACUCCUAUUGUGUCCGUAUGUACACCUCAUCGUAUGCAUAGCUUUCUCGUGCAUCUCAACCAAGAAGCCUACAGUUUCCAGCACGUUCCAGAUCAACAGAGACGUCAUAGAUUAAUACCAUACCUUGGUCAGAUCAUUUUAAGAUUGUUUCUAACCUAACUUUUAUUUAUUCGUACUAAAAUUUUACAAUAUGGUAAGCUUGAGUAGUUAUGAGGGAAUUCAGUUAAGCUCACUAAGUCACCUAGGUUCGCUUGAAUUUGGAUUUCAAAAAUACUUAUCCAGUGCGAUGAGAAGCAAACAAAUGUUUACUUGUAAUUUAUACCGCAAUUGACUUUGAUCAAAAUUAGAUUGAAAUUUGAUCUUUAAAAUAUGCCUCGUAGCUCACUCAGUAAAACAUAGGACAGAUAGUCUGUCAACUUUUGGUUCAAAUCCAACUGCUGCCGACAUUUCCAUUCAUUGUAUACAUCACCUGAGUGCAGAUAUUUUGUUGGUUCAAUUUACUCCGGCUCUUUACUCAUUGUUAUUAGCUUUUGAAAGCAUAAUGACUAUUCUUCCGCAGCUCUAAUUAAACAUGUAGAUUUCUUGUGCAAAGCGUAUUAACUCCGAAAAAGCACUUUGUUUUUUUCUAUCGUUUUAUUAUUUUUUUUCGACCGAGUUUUUCAUCUGAUCACUAUCAAUAUUCCUAUACAGUAUUUACCGCAUCUUGGGCAUAAGAAAAGAGUACAUCUAAUGAAUCCGAUGGUUCCAGGAUUGACUGGUGCAAAGAUGUCAUCUUCAGAAGCUGACUCUAAAAUUGAUCUUCUUGACCAACCUGAUGUAGUUAGCAGUAAAUUAUCUUCAUCUGUUUGUCCUCCGAAUAUGACAGCUGAACAAGGCAAUGGUGUAUUGGCCUUUUUAAAAUAUGUUGUAUUCCCAUUAGUCCCAGUUAGGACAGGAUUAUCGAUUCCUCGAACUCCAAAACCUUAUUAUAAUUACAACCAGGUGGAACAAGAUUAUCUUGCAAAAAAAAUUCCUCCUGACUCUCUUCGAUCUAUUGUUACUAAUUGCUUAAAUGGUUUACUAGAAACUGUCCAGCAUGAUUUCAAAGAUCCUACUCUUCAAAAACUUGUAUGCGAUGCAUAUCCAAUGGAGGGAAAAGAAGGUGCAGCUUAUCCCGGUCAUGAAGAACUUACAAUGUUUACAGCUGAGAAGCCUUAUGUUUUACAAGAAGUUGAUGACAGAAUUAAUCAUAUUCCGAAGAUUACUGAUAAAUCUACUUUACUGGAUGCGUUCGAGAGGGAAUUCGUAGGGUGUAAAUCACUUUUAGAACAACGCCUUACCAAAACAGAUCGUUUACGGUGUUUAUGGUCAAUUACACCGAUUGGAUUACCGCAUCUUGGUCAUACAAUCCCAUUGAGAUCGCUUGCACGCUUAUCACAUUUGGAUGGUGUUUAUAUUAUUGCACUAAUUAACAAUAUCUCAGCUCAUUUACGUGGUUCACUUACAUGGGAUGUGAUUAAACAACGUGGUGAAUUCUGUCGUGUAAUUUUAAAUGGUAUAUUUUCUGCUCUUAAUGGUCGUAUGGAUCGUUUUAGUUGUGUCCUAGGUAGCGAUUUUCAAUUGAGUUCUGCAUACAUGUUAGAUUUUUAUCGUUUGGUGAGCUUAGUACCCGAAACAGAUUGUCUCAUAUCAAGUGAUCUAUCCGUAUGUGAAAAUGAUCAAAUGAAUAGUAACUUAGAUUGUGAGGAAACGCUUGACACAUCAGUUCGUUCUACAUUGGGUGAAUUACUAUUACCUUGUUUAGAUUUGGUCGAUGUGACACGAUUGGCUGUUGAUGUUCGAAUCGCUAGUCCUAUACGAACACAGAAACGACAAAUUUUUCAGUCUAAAUUUAUGCGUUACUUUCCUAAUUCUCUCGAUGCUAUUCAUCUUACACACCCAAUGCUUAGUAGUCUGCAAGCUCCUAACAAUCAAACUAAUCUAAUGUCAUUCCCUGCAAUGAAGUCUUGUUCACUGGCAUCACGUUGUUUGGGUCCUACAUCAGCUAAAGCAUUAGCGGCUUUGGCUGAAGAUAAUUACAUCCCUUUGGUUGAACCCCCUGUUCCAGGAUCAACUGAAAGAUUUCCACUAUCUGGAUUGAAACGUCGUAUAAAACGUGCUUUUUGCCAACCGAAUAAUAUUGAUAUAAAUCCUAUUUUGGAUAUAUGUCGUUGGGUGCUGAUCCCGGAUCUACAACCUGGAGAGGCUUUGGUUAUCUCUCGUUCGGAGAAAAAUGGUGGACCACUACAUAUCACCUCCAAAUCGUCUACACUUAGCCAAUGGGAUUUGCUUAAACAACAUUUUUCUGAUGGUAGUUUACAUCCUGGUGAUCUGAAACCCGCAGUCGAACAACUUUUAUCUAUAAACAAUGAAAAAAGCUUUGCCAAUAGCUUAAGGAAAUCCCUACCCAAAUGGGAUGAAAUUAUGCAUUUGUUGGAUGCAGCGUUCCCCUUGCCCAAAUCGAAAGGCAAAGAUAAACAGGGCAAGCAGGCCAGUCAGAAGGUAGCAAACCCACCGAGUCAAACAAAUAAUGCUGGCGAUUCAGUGGCUAGUCGUAUGAAUCAACGGGAAGUAAAGAAGGUAUUCCUAAUUUAAACGGAAAGGAAAUACUGCCUACUCAAAAUUCAGUCGAUGAACUCAAUCCAAAUCGUCUAGAUAUCCGCGUCGGAUUGGUCUUAUCAGUUAGAAUACAUCCAAAUGCAGACAGUUUGUUCGUAGAAGAAGUUGACUUUGGUUCGGAAAUUGGUAAAAGAACAGUUGUUAGCGGUUUAGUUGGCCUGUAUCCUAUGGAAAAGCUUCUUGGCCUUCAUGGUAUAUUUGUUAUCAAUUUGAAACCGGUGAAAAUUCGAGGGAUUGAAUCUCAGGCUAUGCUACUUUGUGCUUCGUAUAUGGAUACAUCUUCAUCUCUUCUUAAAGUUCAGCCUAUCUAUGCACCAGAGGAAUCAGUUGUAUUAGGUGAACGUUUUAUCUUCCAUUCAUCUUUGAACGAAUCGAAUUGUACAUCUUUUACGGGACCUGAUAAAUUGUUGAAUCCUAAAACAAAGUUAUGGGAACAUUUAUGUCCAGAUUUGUUGACAUCUGUUGGUCAAUAUGUGCAAUGGCGUAAUUGGCGGUUGGGCUCUGUCUCUGGUAACCAAUGGAUUUGUGUACCCGGUGAAGUUCCACCAGGUUCAACUGUUCGUUAACUAUAAAAGAGGAAGAAUGGAAGGAAGAAAAUGACUAUGAAACAGUUAACUUUAUAAGUUGUCAGUCAAUCAUUUUGAUGUAAAACAAAAAGGAUUCAGAUGUGUAUCUCUCAUCCAUAUGAUCACUGCUGCCAUUACAUACACAAAUAUAUGCUUAUUCUUUCUGG